AUGUCGUCUUCAUCCCUUACCUCCUCGACCACGUCGAGCGCCACCAGCGCCGCCACCGGCUCUGGCGAAUUUGCGCCGACCAUCUUCAUCCACCCAGCCGCCACUGUGUGCGUGAAGACCCACGUCCCCUUCACGUUGGAGAUCAACUCCAACUACCUGAAGUGGUCCUCCUACUUCAAGGUUCUGUGCGGCAAGUUCAGCCUCCGUCCGCACAUCGACGCUCCCGACGCUCCCCUCCCUGCUGAUCCGCAGUGGGUCAUCGCCGACUCUUGCGUCAAGAGUUGGUUCUUCGGUUCCGUCGGCGACUCCGUCCUCGAACUCGCCUUGGUCGGCGAUGACCAGACCGCCCGUGAACUCUGGGCGGCCAUCGAGGGACUCUUCACCGCCAACCAGGAAUGGCACGCCGUCCUCCUUCUUGAGGAAUUCCACACCCUCACGCAGGGUGAUUCCACCAUCUCGGAGUACUGCCAGUGCAUCAAGUUGAAGGCUGCUGAGCUACAGACCGUCGGCAACCCUAUCCAGGGUCGCACGCUCAUCCUCGCCAUGCUGCGUGGCCUCAACCCUCGCUUCGCCAGCACCGUCGACGACAUCACCAACUCCGCCGUCCUUCCGACGUUCUCCCGUGCCAUGGACAUGCUUGUCCUCAAGGAGACCCGGCUUGCUCACGAUGAGAAAGCCAUUGCCAACACCGCCCUCCUAGCGUCCGCCGGCUCUAGCUGUACCAGCCCGGGCGGGUGCUGA